ACGUACAGCUGUACUUCCUUCUAAUGUUGAAUAAACGGAUGUGUUCAUGAAACAUGUUUACAAGCAAAGCACAAGUGCUGACUGUACCUGUUUGAUGUUCAUUGUAAAUACGGCUGAAAUGUUAUUACUGAUAUCAAUUGCCACUGUUCUGUUGAGUGUUUCAGCACAACAUAACCUUACACCGUUUGGCAAAGCUAGCCAGAGUUCUCAAUACUUUUAUGGAAGACCUGUAAAUGCCAUAAACCCACCUAUAUCAAAUACAUUUGACAAUGAUUACUGUUCCCACACGAAUCUUGAGAAAACAGCGGCUUGGUGGAUGUUCCAAAUAUCUUUCGGAACAGCUUACAUUACAGAUAUAACAAUCUACUACCGGGAAAAUUUUGCGCGUCGCAUGGAUGGAUUUAAGUUAUAUGUGACCAAUACAUCAACCAUUCCACCUGCUGGUUAUCUUUGCUAUGAGGAUCCUGAUCCUGGUCUGCCGAACAUCACACAAACUAUUCCUUGUAAUCAACUUGGGCAGUAUGUCAUUUAUUUCGAUAAUAAAGGAUCCCAAGAGAAUGAAACUCGCUACGAUGGACCUGUAGUUGAACUGUGUUAUGUUGCCAUUAAUGGUUGUCCAAAAAGCUUUUGGGGUAAUAAAUGUGAUAAAGGUUGUUCCGAAAAUUGCGUAGGGCGACAUUGCCAGCCUAGAAAUGGUUCUUGUGUUAUUGGUUGUAACACUAAACAUUGUUUAAAUGAUAUUUGCGAUAAACAAACUGCAGUUUGCACUGAUGGUUGUAAGGAAAGACGAACAGGAAACUAUUGUAGCAAGUAUAACAUUGCCUCUGAAGGUUUAGUCUCGCAGACUCCAAGUGGUAGUCAACCGGCAAAUCUGGCAAAUGAUGGAUAUAAAAUAUCAUGUUCUAAAACAAAGGGAAUAACCGUGAUAUUUCAAGUUGACCUUCAGAAAGAAAGCAUUGUAACUGGAGUGCAUAUAACCUUUGGUGAAAGUACUACACGGGAGGGAAUUCAUACUAUUUAUGCUUCAAAUACAAGCACUUCUUGGAAAUCUGGCACCAUUUUAUAUAAGGAAACCUCUCUACCAUCUGAGAUCAAUUUGCAUGCUGUUUUCAGAUACUUGACCUAUGAGUCUUCAGUUGAAAGUUUUUUUUCGGAACUUGAAGUAUGCGAGAUUGGAAUUGUUGGUUGCCCUCCUUCAUACUAUGGUCCUGUCUGUAAUCAAUCGUGCUCAAAAACCUGUAAUGGGCCAUGUGACCUUGACACCGGAAAAUGUAUAUUUGGUUGUUUAAAUGGAUGGCGUGGAGAUAAGUGUGAACAAGCAUGCAAAGCUGGUACAUACGGCAAAGACUGUCUUGCGACAUGUUCAACAAAUUGUUUAAAUCAACAAUGCUAUGGAGUGACUGGAGAAUGCUUUGAAGGAUGUAAUGACGGAUGGCAGGGGUUCGAUUGCUCACAAAGAUGCCCUACUGGUCAAUUUGGGAAAAAUUGUUCCAUGUUAUGUAAGGGUUGUGUGUCUGGAAUGUGUGAUCCUAGUAAUGGAUUAUGUAAUAUCACAACCGCUUGUAACCCUGGUUAUAUAAACGGGAAAUACUGUGAUACAACUUGUGCGGAUGGAUUUUACGGUAGAAACUGUCAACAGGUAUGCUCACCACUUUGCUUACAUCAACCUUGUGAACGCAGGAAAGGAGAAUGCAUUGGAGGAUGCGUGCACGGAUUACAAGGAUUUAAUUGUACACAAGUUUCUGCAAAUAAAGAAAACAUUGCUUCCCCAGUAAUGACACAAGUUGGUCUUUUCACUGGAGGUUUUCUGUUUGGUGCUCUGACCGCAUCUCUUGUCUGUUAUAUAGUCACGAAAAAACGACAAGAACGAAACAAACAAGGAAAUGAGAAUACAACCCCGGGAACACAGAGUCGUGAACAACAACAUUAUGAGGAUGUAAGAAUGGAAAAUGUAUCUACUUAUGAGGAACUUACAAAAGAUUCCAUGUCCAAUGAAUAUGACCAGAUAAACACAGCAUACGUCAAUCACUAAGCAAUAGAUAUAUAGGAAAAACAUAUUAAAGUUUAUAUUGUUUGAUACAUAUGUGAUGAACAGGUAAAGUCAACACCAUUUGUCAAAAACGAAGAAGAAAUGACUACAAAAAUGUACAACUAAAUGCACCAACGGUUUUUCGCUUAUUCUACCUAAUUUAAUUGUUGAUGAAUGGGUAUUAUAACGGUUGCUACAUUAAUGAAUGGUUGUGUGUGUGACUGGGAGAGAGAGAGAGAGAAAGAAAUUUGUUAAACUUGUUAAAAAUGAAAACGAGGAUUAAAUUGCUACAUCGUAGAACAUUAGAGCAAUACGACGAAGUUACUGAUUGAAAACAUAUUUGUUAAAUUUAAAGAUUUGUAUAUUAGUCUGCAUUCCUACAGGCACAUUUAAAAAAGCAAGAAGAUCAAAGAAGCUAGAUAAUUUAAUUUCAUUUUCAGAUAAAUUGAUGAUGGUCUGUCUAUUAACAAUUCAGACACUUUGGUUUGGGUCUCAUAGAUAUAGCUUUCUGAACUGAAACUACUUAAACCACAGACAGAUCUUCAUCCGCCUCAUUUUUAAAAAUUCAUCAACGUUGAAAUUAUCCUCACCUUGAAUAUGUUCAACUCAGACUGUGUACAACGUCAUUGGUGUCUGAAAAAAAUAAAUCCGGAAAGUUUCUUUUUCAAAGAACGUCUCAGUAUAAAUCUCACAAAUAAUAUGGGAUGGUCUUAGAAGCUCGAGUUAGAGAUUCUAGAUUCUGCCGCUGUGUAUUGUUUAAUUACUUUUCCCUUUAUUUGUUUCUGUCCGUUUAUAGCCUUUUGGUCGCAUGACACUUAUUGUGUCUCGGUAUUUGUUUUUCCGGCUUACGGGAUUUUAGUUUUGGGCGUUUCGGACGCAUGACAUGUUUGUAAUGUUGUUUUCAUUUUGUGUACCCUCGAAUUCAUAUUUUACUUUUAUAUUUUAUAUUUGUGCUUUUAUUUGGAAAGCGUGUAUAUCAAUAUGUUUUAAUAUACUGUACUCUAUCAUAUUUACUAUCAACCGCAAAAUUUGUUGUUUUUUAGCAUCUUUGUUUGAACUAGAUGCAUGUUUGUUUGAUUAUUUAAUUUUUUAUAUGUUGUAUAUCUAUGAUGUAGGUUAACAAAAUUUUGCUGCUGGAUUCCAAUUAAAGUUCCAUUAAUCAAUCAGAUGUGCUUGGGUUUCUGGCACAAUUUUAUCUAUAUAACGGAACUAUUAACAACGGUCAUACAAGUGUUAGGUUUAGCUACGUAUACAACUAGGUUUAAAUAGUUGUUUAAUAUAGCCGAGUGUUUUGAUUUUUUUUAGAUUGUAUGGACUUCCACUUUUUGAAUUUACCUAUGAGUUUGGUACUCAAUGGCACUUUUAACUUGUAAAGUAAUUUUUUGUUUAAAUGACACUCUUACUGUUAACGUUUAAGUGAUGUAAGAUUAACUUAUAUAUUCUCAGCAGAAAUAUAUAACAAGAAAACAUAGAACUAACUCUAAUAAUUAUAACAGGUAUAGGUUAGUUAUGCAGAUAUAGACCAAACAAACAUUUAUCGUAAAAUAUUGGGUGUAUUGUUAGAAGACUUCUUGUUAAUCUAAAAUAAUUCUGUGAGCAACCAUUGCAUACAGAAAAAGACAACCCAUUGAGUUUAACACUUAACAUACUUUUAAGUACGUAGUACAUAUGUAUAUGUCAAAAUUCAGUAAUCGUUUGGACCUUACCGUAAAGUAAUUAGAAAAACACACCAAGAAAGAAGAGUGAAUUCCAACUCUCAACAACAGGUCCAGAUAAGAAUGUCAUAAUUCCCGAUUUAGAUAGGAAAUAUUUCAAUUUAUCUCGUUACCAUUAUUUUUGACAUACUUAACAUAUUGUGUAAACCUAACAAUUUUGCCAACGAAAGACAAUUAUUAUAUUUUAAACUGUAUGCUGACUUCUGGGUGUCAUUUAAUUUUUUUUGUUUUUGUACAUUUGCAUUGACGACUCAUUGGCAUUUUUCCCAAUCUAUUUGUAUUAUUGUAAACAUAAUAAUUUUCAAUCAAACAACAGUGUGAAAACAAAGAUGUAGAUACAGAGACGAGAGAAUAGAGAAUCAUAGUGCUUUACCAAUAUUUUUCAUUUAGAUGUGGUAACGGUAGAUAGAAAGCGGAAAAUUAGUGCAGAAAAUGAAGUGGUCGACGUAUGUCUUAAUUGGAUACAUCAAUACGACAGAUUAAACUGCAUACAAAGAAUGAUUCACUCUACAAAUUGCAAAUUGAUGAAGAUUAAAUUUGACAUAAAUACCUAGGUGUUAUGUAUUGUUCCAUGUUAUGUAUUCUGAAACGCAUUCUAUCAAUAUGUCAACCUGCUCUUUAAUCAAAAUAUAUUAUGGAAAUAGUCACGUGAAAGUUUUACUUAUAUUUGAAAUACAUCUACAUAAUGUUCACACUCGAUUAAAGUUUUCAAUCAA